GGCCUUUCUGCGGUGAAGCCGGUAUUAUUCAGUUAUCUCGUGCUCACCUACUGUUUAUGUUCCGGGCUCUUAUCGCUGCGAACGCCGAAUGGAUCUCUCGCGCUCUCGGCAGGACUUUCUUCGUUGACAAAAAAAAAUGUGAUCUGUUUUUUUCGGAUUUUAAUUUUCACGUAACGAUUACGUCGGAUAUACAUACAUAUGCCCGCUUGGAUUUAAUGGGAUAAUAAUUAUCGCGCUGCAAGGAUAACGAAUAAGCCCAAAAAUGAUCUAGUCUGAGAUAACACCAAGUCAUCACAAUUUUUAAAAACAAUGAUGCUUUCCACGAACGUCCUAUGCCUAAAAAAGAAGAAAAAAAGAACAUACAGCCUAAAUGGAGGAAAAGUCAAUUGGAAAAUCAGAAAAGCCGAGAAAAACGAAUCCGACGGUGGGGCUACUGUGAAUAUGCUGCAGAUCACUGAGGACACACCACCGGACAUGUUGGCAGGCGCUAUGGACCUCACCGUGCAUCUUCCCACCGGAAGAAUAGCAAAAAUGUCGGUGGAAAGAAGCACCCCGAUGAUGGACCUGCUGGUGCAAAUCACCACCGCCCAUCACCUCCAGCUGUCGAACUACUCGCUGCAAGCCUUGGGCACGGCGCCGUCGUCGGAUCACCGCGACAAAAUCCUGCCGUACAAGCCGAACACGCCGAUCGGGACGCUCGACACGCAGCACGUCAAAGUCGUGCCGAAAAUGAGGAGCAUACCGGCGACGAAGAACGCGCCGCCGGGACACCAGCCGUUCGAGAGCACCUUCAGGUUGAAGGUGCACCUGCCGAGGAACCAGCUGUACGUGACUAGGGUCAGCAGGAACGUGAAACUGGAGGAUAUCAUGAAUAAAGUGUGCGAGGAGAAGAUUUUGGAUCCGGUCAAGUACGAGUUUAAGCAUCCAGGAAACCUUGACGAAACGUUGGAUCCGAAAUUAACGCUGAGCGAUUAUCAGAUAACGGAAAUCUACGUUGUAGCUAAAGGAACAGUCAGCCUGAGCCAGGCAUUUUCCAGCAGCGACAUCAUGGCGCUCAGAAAGGAAGAGGAACGGAAACAGAUGCACAACAAAACCGGCGGCGGCGUUUUCAAUUUGAUUUUUAGGCGGGGAAAAUCGAGCAUGGGUUCAGGAUCGGUAUCCAGCGACACCAGGUCGAUUUCUCCCACCCACAGCGACGAUUCGCGAUCGGUCACCCCGCCGGCGGUCAUCCAGAAGACCAUGCUGCCUCCGCCGAAACAGGACCCGCCGGCGGAGAGGCCGAAGCCGCCGCAGAGGAAGCGCCGGCCGGCGCCGAAGCCGCCCCAACAGCAGCCGCCCAAAGAAGCGGGAGCCGAAGAGCUGUCGCGGAAGGCCGAGGAGAAGCUGCCGGAGGAGAACGGCGAGGCGCAGCUGAGGAGAUGCGAGGGCGGCACGAUGAUUUCCCAUUCGAGGACGAGCUCGGAUAGUUCCGGCUACCACGAGGCUUCCGUGCUGAGCGAAAACGGGAACAUGUCGCUGCCCAGGCGGCCGAAAUCCGCCUUCGUCGGCAGCGGGGACGUGGAGAAGCUGUCCAAGAUGCAUAGUCAAAGUACCAGUAAUUUGUCGAAAAUGGCGUCGCAUUCCAAGAGCACCAUGAGCCUAGGAGUGACAGGUCGUAAAAAGAAGGCCGCGCCGGCGCCUCCGCCUCCGAUCAGAAGCUCCAACCCUCACAUAGAAAUAGAAACCGCUAGUCCAGUAGUUGCUAGUCAAAACGCUAACGAUCCCGCUACUCAUAGUACACCGCUGGAUACCUUAGUUGCACACACUGCCCCCAAACCUCUUCCUAGAAGUAAAAAUAGGGCUCCGCAGAUCCCAGCGGCGAAGCCGAUCCCGCGGCCGCGGAGCGACAUCCUCCACGCCAACCGCAUCGAAACUAUCGUGGAAUCGGGCGAGGAGCGGAGCCCCAAAGGCGAGCUCGUCCUGCCCGAUAAAGUCCGAAACGAGGCAGUUAUCGAGGAGAUUAUCAAAGAAGUGAUAUCGGAAAGGCAGCUGGACGAUAAUAAUAACGAUAAUAGCGUUGAAUCGAAGGAUUCUACGGCGAGGAGUUACCAGAAAAUCGUUGAGUUGCAGAAAGUGGCUCAUCUUAGUAUAUUUGCUUCUCCUCAGUUUCGUUCUAACGUGGAAAAUAAAUCGAAAACUUCUAGUGACAAUGAACAAUUGGAAAAUGCAGGAGCUAGUAAAGAUAUUAAUAAGAGUAAACCAAUUGAAAACGAUGAUUCAGAAGGCAAUAGUAAUAAUAAUAAGGCAAUAGAAAUUGGUGAAUUAGGAAACGAUGUUAAUGAUUAUAAACCAAUAGAAAAUAGUGAUUCAGGAAGUGAUAAUAAGCCAAUAGAAGAUAGUGAUAAGGGAAGCAACAAAAUUGCUAAGCCAAUAGAAAAUGAUAAUUCGGGAAGUAAUGGUAAGAAGUCGAUACAAAGUGGUGAUUCGGAAAGUAGUAACGAAUGCAAAAACGUCGCAUUAAAUGGAGUAGAGAUUGCAGGAGAAGAAGCUGUUAAUGAACCACAACAAUCCAAAACUCCUUCCACCAUCGACAAUACAGUGGUCUCGCCAGAAAAGAAACCACCUGAAAUAGUGGGAGUGAUACCAAAAACGCCCAAAGACAACAAAUCCACCAGCAACAAGUACGACAGCUUCGGCAAGAGGAGAUUCCAAAGCUCCCCCAUAGCCGGCUCGUUCGAUGGCGAAGACAAUUCCUCCCCCUUCGGUACGAGAGACUCAUCGAUAGCCUCGGCUCUGAACACGUUCGGCUUCAUCGACGAAUUCUCCGACGUCGACGAGAAGGUGUUCUCGGGCUCGCUGUCCUCGAUGCGGAACCUCUCGCUCAAAGAGAACAUGUUCAGCGAGCUGUACGGCAUGCACGAGCUCGAGAGCACUCCGAUCGGGAAGAACCAGUCGGUGAGCAGCCUUAGGAGCUUGAGGAACCUGCCGGGCUUCAUGAGCGGCGACGGCGGGAUGAAGAAGUGGCACAACGUGGAGGAGUUGAACGGCGCUUUGUUGAGUUCCCCUGAGGACGGGUGUAGAUGGGUGAUUGGGGAAUCUGGAUCAGAGUCCCUAGCCUCCCAUCAAACUUUAGAUAGUUUAGAUAGCUCUAAUCGAAUACUGUCGAUUAGCGCGGAGCAACCCAAACCCUUCGGUUCCACCGACAGCGGCAUCGCCCAGGAAACCAACGAAAAACUCUCCGAACCCGAAGACACCCGACCGCCGACGCCUCCGCCGCCCCCGCUGUUCGUCGACGACCCGCCCCGCGCCGCCGACGAGCCCGUCAAAGACGCCCCCAAGGAAGCGGACCCGGACAUCUGUGAUAUAGACUGGCAGUACCAGCUCCCCUCUCCGCCGCAAGCCUUCAGGGACUCCAGCCCCGUGACGGUCGCGGACUUCAAAGACUCCGUGGUGACGUCUCCGGAGCUGUUCGAAAAACGCGCCGCGCCGUCGAUAAGCUCCUUCGACGCCCGAUCGGCGAGCACGUUCGCGCCCGACGAGCCGCCGCUGAGCACGCUCUCGCUGGAGGUGCUGGAGAAGCGGAAGUCGCUGGUGUACAACAGGGAGCUGUCGACCAGUCUGAAGGACGACAUGGACCCGUACGCGCGCUCGCUCAGCCGCUUCGAGACCGCCUUCGUCGAGGUGCAGAAAUCUAGUCAUAGAAAUAGCGAAGGCAGGUACGCCAGGAGGCCGCCAUCGGCGACGAACACGCUGCCGAACUUCAAGAUAUCGACCUACGACAGGCCUAAGGAGAGGAUCAAGGUGUUCGAAGACGAUACGAUCAGGAGCAGCGAGGGCGGGUACAGGCAGAGCCAGCGUUACAUGGCUGCUUCUAUGGAGAGCAUAUCCGUUAGAAAGGGAACUUUAGACGCGAAGCCAGCUGAGAAGGAAUAUGUUUUUUACAAAGAUGAUGCUGCUAGUACGAAUUACGGGUCGGCGUAUGGUGAUGGCUGGUCUCCCAGCAAGGCGGUGAGCCGAUCAAAGUCGUAUUUAACGCUCAACGGUAAUAGCAAGUAUAAAGCGGAGAAGAAUAAUAGCGCCAGUAAGGGUAUCGAAAGAAGUAACAGCUUGUACGACGUGUCUGGUCUGCAAAGUUUAGGGGUGAUGCGACUUAUCCAAAGUAAGUUACACACGCCAACCUCGUCUUUAGAGAAUUUGUCCGCCGACCAAGCAAAGCCCGAGCAGCAGGCUCGCCGAGAAGACGCCGCAGCCGAAGAACCCGCCAGCAGCAAACCUGAAAAAAUUUACAAGUACCAAGGCCCGCCGUCCAUCAACAUGAGCACGUGGUCGGAGAGGCCCAAAGUACCGGUGGCGGUCAAAGAGGACGCGGACUACAAAUUAGGAAAUAGCGUUUCAUCCAAGUUAAUAGUCAACACAACCAACAACAGCGUGACGAGCAGCAACACGUUCGAAGUCAAAAACAACGACGCCGAGCAAUCGGCGCCGUCUAGCGUCAGCAUUAAAGUAAACGGUACGGAAGUACCGGCUGAAAAUAAACCAGGCAACCUCGUUAUCAAAAUAGACAGCGCUCAAUCGCAACCGAAAGCUAUGGACAACCAAAGGUUUUUCAAUCACAUGACGGCCGUCGGGUAUCGAAAGCCUUUUACGGACGUCAACAAAAACGAAAGGCCGCAUUCGGUAGCCUUGGGCUCGGACAUCGACAUUUCCAGAGUACCGGUGGUGCGGUCGGUGGAAUUGAAGAAGCCGUUUAGGGAAUUCGGUAACACAACAAUCACCCAAAUAGGCCAGCCUGAAGACGAGAAAAGCUCGUUUUUGCGAUUCGGAAAGCUCAAGCCCACCGUCGCGCCCGUUGUUAGAGGGUUCAGAACGAUUUCCAAAGAAAAAGAAGCGUUCGUUCCGAACUCUCAGGUUCCGUUCUCGCAAAAUACGCUGCGAAGAACGGCUUCCAGCGCGAUUCACGAUGAACGUAAGGCUCAGAGUCAAGAUGGGAACGUAACAGAAAGCGGAAGCAAUGUUAGUGCGCCUCCUCCGCCACCCAUGAUGCCCAAAGUCAACCUGAAGAAGCCCAAUGUAAGGCAAUUUGAGCCGGUCGUCGAUCAGAGGGAUCAAUUAUUGCAAGCGAUUAGAGAUUUUGGCGGUAAGAAAGGCCUGAAAACUGUAAACGUUUAGAAUUUUAAAACUUUUACCUUAUCAAUUUUGAAUUAAAAAAAUAUAUUAGGUAGGUAUUAUAAUAUGCAAAUUUAUUCCAAUGUACUUUACCAAACAUUUGCAUUAAUUUCUUUUACAAAUUUGAUAAGGUUUAAAUUAGUAUUAAUAAAAGAUAUACUUUAAUGUAAUUAUCGUGUACAUGUAUCCCAUGAAGUAGUCAUUUUUUAAAGCUCAAUAUGUUUAAUCGAAUGUAUAUUUAAUUAUGUAUAAAAUGAUUUUUACCAGUAUCCCUUUUUCAAAAGUACUAUUUUAAUGUAAAACCUCUUGCUGUACCUAUCCCAAUAUGUAAGACUUUAUAGGGACCAAAGGUUUUGUGGAUUAUUUUUAUUUAUUUGUUAUAUACAUAAUAUAAAAUUAAUAAAUUAUUUAGUAACUAUUAUUGUACAUUAUUGAAUUAAAUAUCGUAAAAGAAACCAGUGCACUUUUGUUUACUCAUGCAAUAUUACGACCACAAGAGGAGAAAAAAACACCAGAAUGCAACGCAUUUGCGCACUCUCUAAAGACCUUACUAAAUGGUAAUACUCGUAGUUUUAUAAGUAGAAAAUUCCCUAAACCAAAGAAGCUUCUCGUUUGUACCCAAAGAAUAGAGCUACACCCUCUUGUAAGCUUAGACAGUACACUAAAGGCUGACAGAAAAGAAAAAAUUUGACAGAACAGCAUUUAUUUCCCAAAUAGAUUAUACAAAAAAAUAAAACUUUAAUGAUAAGUACAUCUGUGAUAUUUAAAGCAAGAUUAUAGACACAAUUGUCAAAAAAAAAUACACCAAUACAUGACUAGCACCCAAAGAGCAAAUUUAUUUAACCAAUGAGAUUGCAAUCACAAAUGCAUUGAAAAAUAAAUCCCACAAAAAUAAAUCGAAUUAACCAAAGGAAAAUAAACUGUCCUAGUUUCGAUUUUUACGAAUUUUUUUUUGCAUUUUUAAAUUUUUGUUUCUUUUCCUUUGUUCAAGAAUGGAAAAGAUGUUUUUUGUCAAGUUAGAUGUUGCAAUCAUUUUAUAUUUUUUUGGUACAACCCCCGUCCCCUUUUGCGGUAGACAAGCGUUGAAUUUUAUUUAAUUUUUUAUUUUUUAAUUGUUACGAAGGAAAAAUUGCAGCUAGACAUAAGGUCUUAAGACAUUUCAUGUUGCGAACCUCAAGUAAAAAAGUUUGUCGCCAUUUUCAAUGGAGCCAUUUUUUAUAUCUACAUUUUACAAAUUAUCAAGUAUACAAACAUCAAAGAGGAUAUAAAAAGUAUCAAAAUUUUUUUUCAAUUUUUGUCGACUCCCAUUGAAAAUGUUGGCGCCAAAGUGUUACAUUUGUCAAACAUUCUUUUAUCUAGAAAUGCAACGAGAAAAAAUUAACUGCUUAAAAAAAUCAAUCGCCAUGAAAUGCCUUUUGUCUGCUUUUAAGUUUUACAAACUCACGCGCUAAACGUUGUUAAAUUAUUAUAAAUAUAGAGUGAUGGACUUGAGCGCGAUAACGCUUAAGCAUUGCUCUCUGUAGUUGUAUUCUGCACUGGUUGACUCUCCUGUAACAAUAAAAAUAUUUAUUUUAAAUACCUUAAUAAAAGUUUAUAAUAGAAGAACGACACAAACAAGCGGUAACAAAGACUUGCGAUAUUGAACAAAAAGCAAGAAACAAACAUUUAAAGCGUAAGAAAUAUCAAACUACUACUCACUUCAGCGCUAGCUGGUGCAGGAU